GUAGUGACAGUUAAACCUGUUCGUCACAGGAAGUGCAAGUGUGUAGUAAAUAGAGCUGCUUGCGUCUGUGCGUGCAAACUCUUAGGCGACCGCAGCAGCGCCCCACAGCUUCACGCUGUACCUGAUUCUGAGCACAACUCAGUGAUAACCUGAGACGACGAAAUCUUGCAUCUGAUCCCCUCGAACUGAUUUUCCCACUCGGCUAUCUCAGUAAUCAGGUCUGGUGUGUUAUAAACAACUGCAGGUGAAGAAGUUUUGAUCAGCGCAAGCUUCAGGAGGACCAUGAGAUUGUGGUUUUUACCAGUAUUGUGCACCUAAACUCUGCAGAGCAGCAUGGGCAGUCGUCCCAGUAAAGAUCGGCGCGGGUCCAACGCGCAUGCGGCCCCUUUGGACACAGAAGAGAGCACCAGCACGCUGUCUUUGGAUGGUGGUAGAUGUGUGGUGGUGUCCCUGUACGACUAUCCGUCCAGAGGUCCGGGUAACUGUGCUAUUAAAGUGGGAGAGAGGCUGAACAUUUUGUCAGAUGAAGGUGAAUGGUGGAAAGUGAGUUCUUCAGCCACAGGAAACGAGAGCUACAUCCCCAGCAAUUACACUGCCAAAGUGUACAACAGGUGGCAGUUUGUAGGUCUGAGCAAACAGAAAGCAGAAGAGCUGCUGCUGCUUCCUCAUAAUCAACCCGGCUCUUUUCUCAUCAGAGAAAGUGAGACCUUUCCAGGUAACCACACUCUGUCGGUGCGUAGGAACAGCUCACAGGAACGCGCUUCUGUCAAACACUACCGUAUCAGCUGUAUUGACAAUGGAUGGGUGUACAUCUCUCCUGGACUAACUUUCAGAACCCUUGCAGACCUGGUUGCACACUAUUCAGAAGUAUCGAACGGGUUGUGCUGUACACUGGGUGAACCCUGCUUCAUCAUCGGAUCCAAUAAUGUUCCCGUGGUAAACGGUCCUCCUCCUGUUGCUAUCAGGAGACCAACAAUAAACUGGAAAGAUGUGAACAGCUCCAUGAUCUUCGGACAAGGUAAAGAUGGUGCCGAAGAGUGUGUGGUGAGCGACGGUUUAAAGGAGGCGAUUAACUCUUACCUCUACAUGACGGACAAUUGCGAGGACUGCUGCCAAAUUUGGGACACAUGAAGGGACAAUGGCAACCGUUGGCAGACGUUUAGUCCUGUUGAAUCUUUGUGAUGGGAUGUUUAAGUGACUUUGAACUGUUGAUUGUGUUAUCCUGAGAUAUGAAACACUUACAAAACGGCAUAAAAAACAGCACGGCAAAGAAAACGGGACUUUCACUGCUAUCUUUUCGCGCAUGCGCGUGUUAGAUCGCACUGACGCCGAAUGAUGGUUCGAAGCCAGAUGUACUGAGUCAUUGCCGUUCUUCCAGAGUGGGUGAUGGAGAUAAAGAUGUCACUCGUUCCUGGCGGACAUAAAAGAAAAACAGAAUGAAGGAAAGAAAGAGAGGAGUGAGCGUGUGGGAGGGGAAACACAGCUGGGCGGUGUGCGCAUGUGUCUGGAACUUUCUUAGUAAAAUACGCUUAUGUGAUGAUCGUGGGUGUACCUGAUUUAUGAUGCAUCACAAAAAUCCGAAAGGAUUGUUUUUUUAUUUUUUUAAUAACAUGUGAAUAUGUAUUUAUGAAUUAUACUGUAAAUCUCUGUAUAUAGUUCCUUAACUGCCAAUGUGCCUUAAAAAUGAGCAUCUUUGUUUUUGUACUACUAAAAAUUAUCUUCAAUGAGAUGUUUCCUGUCAGUCUUUGCACCUAUUGUCUUGAAGAGAUGAACCACAGUCUAGUGUUGCAGGAAAUGAAGUUUUGUUUGUGCAUGCAUGCGGUUUGCAUGCCGAGUGCAGGGUAAUAUUUGUACCAAUAAAUCUUGGAGCUUGAGCACGCCACAUCUGAUAAAAUUAUCUGCAAUGUAAACAUUUGAGAAACUUUGUUCAUUUGGUUUACAGUAGCUGCGGCACAUUGCUGGUGUGAGAUACAGUUUUGUUCACAUUUACGCAUUUGGCAGAUGCUUUUAUCCAAAACGGCUUACAGUGCAUUACAUUUUUAUCAGUAUGUGUGUUCCCUGGGUUCGAACCCAUGACUUUUUGCGCUGCUAACGCAAUGCUCUACCACUGAGCUAUACAGAAGUUUUGCAUACUCAGCAGUAUUCUGAUAACAUUUUUUUUCUGACUCAAACAUGAGCUUGUGUGUUAACCAAACUACUUACAUUAUUUCCAGUAGUACUGACAGACGGUUCAAGAUUUUCUUAGAUCUCUGUCAUUUACAUUGCAGUGCCAUCUAUGGAGUGCUCCAUGUAAUAAUGAUAAGUGAAUUUAUAACAUUAAUUUGUUUAC